AUAGGAAACCACAGUGAUUUCUCUUCUUGGCGCUUAAAUUUCUGAGUUAAGGUUUAAAUUUUGGAACUUUAACUUACAGGGUUGGUUGAUUCGAGCUUUUCCCUCUCUGGGUCUUCUGAUUUCUUGGUUUUCUUCUUUUUCCCUCCAACACAAUUACUUGUUAUUCCUUUCUGGGUUUUUGGUUCUGCUUUUUGAUCUUUUCUUUUCUUCAGCUGAUUUUUUUUUUGUGCUUCCAUGGGACUCUGUCAUGGAAGACCCAUUCUUCAAAACGAUGAAGACAACCCUGUAAUUCCCGAAGAUGCUAUACCUGGAGUGAAUUCUGAACCCACUAAAACCCCAAAAUUUCCCUUCUACAGUCCAAGUCCAUUGCCUAGUGCCUUCAAGAACUCACCCGCUUUCAAGAACUCGCCCGCUAAUUCAAGUGUGAGUUCAACCCCUUUGCGGAUCUUCAAGCGACCAUUCCCUCCUCCUUCCCCUGCAAAGCACAUCAAAGCAUUGCUUGCUCGCAGGCAUGGCUCUGUGAAACCGAAUGAAGCCACAAUUCCUGAAGGAAGCGAGUGUGAAGUUGGAUUGGAUAAGAAUUUCGGGUUCUCAAAGCAGUUUUUGACGAAAUAUGAGCUUGGAGAGGAGGUGGGUCGUGGGCAUUUCGGCUAUACUUGUUCUGCAAAGGGGAAGAAAGGAGAAUUGAAGAGGCAGGAAGUGGCAGUCAAGGUCAUUCCCAAAGCAAAGAUGACCACAGCUAUUGCUAUUGAGGAUGCAAGAAGAGAAGUGAAAAUUUUGCGUGCUCUAACAGGACAUAAUAACUUGGUGCAGUUUUACGAUGCGUAUGAAGAUGAUGAUAAUGUGUAUAUAGUGAUGGAGUUAUGCAAGGGAGGUGAACUUUUAGAUAGGAUACUCUCAAGGGGCGGCAAAUACUCAGAGGAAGAUGCCAAGGUGGUCAUGACUCAAAUUCUAAGUGUUGUUUCCUUUUGUCAUCUCCAGGGUGUGGUUCACCGUGACCUGAAGCCAGAGAAUUUCCUUUUCAGUAUGAAAGAUGAGGAGUCUCCCCUGAAGGCCAUCGAUUUUGGGUUAUCAGACUUUGUAAAGCCAGAUGAACGGUUGAAUGAUAUUGUAGGAAGUGCAUAUUAUGUAGCUCCUGAAGUUCUGCAUAGAUCAUAUGGCGCUGAGGCAGACAUGUGGAGUAUUGGUGUGAUUGCUUAUAUUCUUUUAUGUGGGAGCCGCCCCUUUUGGGCCAGAACAGAAUCUGGCAUCUUCCGAGCUGUCCUAAAGGCAGAUCCCAGCUUUGAAGAAGCCCCCUGGCCUUCCUUGUCAUCCGAUGCAAAAGAUUUUGUCAAGAGAUUGUUGAACAAGGAUUAUCGUAAGAGGCUUACUGCUGCUCAGGCUCUGAGUCAUCCAUGGCUGUCCAAUCGUCAAGAAAUAAAGAUCCCUUUGGAUAUUUUAGUGUAUAAGCUUGUGAGAGCUUAUAUAUGUUCAUCAUCUCUCCGGAAAGCAGCUUUGAGGGCUCUUUCAAAGACAUUGACAGUGGUUCAGCUAUAUUAUCUCCGUGAACAAUUCACACUGUUGGGGCCAAAUAAGAGCGGAUUCAUAUCUAUGCAGAACUUUAAGACAGCCCUGAUGAAGAACUCUACUGAUGCCAUGAAAGAUUCUCGGGUUAUUGAUUAUGUUAACAUGGUCAGUGCUCUUCAAUAUAAAAAAUUGAACUUCGAAGAAUUUUGUGCUGCUGCCAUAAGUGUGUAUCAGCUGGAAGGACUUGAGAGUUGGGAGCAACAUGCACGUUCUGCAUACGAGCAUUUUGAGAAAGAUGGGAAUAGACCAAUCAUGAUUGAGGAACUUGCCUCGGAACUUGGCCUUAGUCCAUCAGUCCCUGUUCAUGUGGUUCUCCAAGACUGGAUAAGACAUUCAGAUGGAAAGCUUAGUUUCUUGGGCUUUGUCAGACUUCUGCACGGGCUGUCUUCGCGAGCAUUGCAGAAGUCUUGAAAUAAAAUUCCAGCUUGGUACGGGGAUUUGUUAUGCUAUCUUAGUCAUUCUCCUUUGAUGAGAAGUCUAAUCAGAAGUCAUGGAAAAGCAUGUGGGUCUAACCUCUAGUCUGCACUACAAGAGAAUAACUUAAGUCAAGAAUGGAGCUGAUGCCUGCCUGAGCCAGGGUUUAAGCCAUGAGUGGCAUAUUCUCAUGCGCGGUAUGUAUUUUUUGUCCUUAUAUUUUUUUCCCCAUGUUUUGUGCAUGAAGCUGUAAGAGGAUUGUACAGAUGAGAGUAGGAUUAAAAUGUUUCAGGAUUUAGGGGAGAGUUUCGAUAUGAAUUGAGUUUGUGUUUUAUGGAUUUAUUCCCCUUGUAACCAUUACGUUGUUUUCUUAAUAAAUUACUCCUUC